UUUCUUUGAGUUUCAGUUUCAUUCAGCACAACCCUCUUUCUAAUUCUUCUCUUUCGUGUUUGAGUGCACUUUGCGGCUGCACUUUUAGAAACCAUUCAUUCACUCUAUUAUACUUUUUACUAUUCAUCUGCUUCAAUUUCAAAAUGGGAAGAGCACCUUGUUGUGACAAGAAUGGCCUCAAAAAAGGUCCAUGGACUUCCGAGGAGGAUCUCUUGCUCACCAACUACAUUCAAACUCAUGGACCUGGAAAUUGGAGAACCAUCCCCAAGAAUGCCGGUCUACAAAGAUGUGGCAAGAGUUGUCGCCUUAGAUGGACUAAUUACCUUAGACCCGAUAUCAAGAGAGGAAGGUUCUCAUUUGAAGAAGAGGAGGCCAUCAUUCAGCUUCACAGUGUCUUGGGAAACAAGUGGUCGGCUAUAGCAGCUAGGUUGCCGGGGAGAACCGACAACGAAAUAAAGAACUAUUGGAACACGCACGUUAGGAAGAGGUUGCUUCGAACGGGAAUAGACCCAGUUACACACGCUCCACGCCUCGAUCUUCUUGACAUCUCCUCGAUUCUAAGGUCAGCAAUAGGCAACGUUAAUCCAUCGAUUCUGAAUCUGCAAGGCCUAUUGGGUGCCCAAGCGUUGAUGAACCCAGAGUUUUUGAAGCUCGCUGCCACUGCCACACUUUUAUCUCUAAAGAAUAAUGAGAACCCAUCAAACUUAGUUUCACAAGUACAACAACAAUUCAAUAGUGCUGGGAAUUGUCUAGUACAAAACCAAGUUGCUGCUCCAAAUGAUCCGUUUCAGACACCAACUCACGUGAACAAUGGCUUAUCAUCAAGUUCCCCCGAGAAUUCAAUUCUUUCCCAUCUUGGGGAGAAUAAUAAUUACCAGCUGAAUGCUCAACAAAUUAACCAAGUUGAUUUGCUUCUGGACCAUGAAUUGGAACAUUACUUAAACUGUGUAAACCAAAACAUUGGCUAUGAAUCAGUUACACCUUUGUCGACCCCAACCCCAUUGAAUUCAUCAUCCACGUAUGUGAAUAGCAGCACGGAGGAAGAGAGGGACACCUAUUGCAGCGAUAUAUUCAAGUUAGAAAUUCCAGAGAGUCUUGACAUUAGUGAUUUCUUGUAAAUAUAUGUGUCGGUGUGAUUGCGUUUAAUUUGCACUCUGCUGUUUAGUUUGCAUUUAUGUACUAUUAUUCUUGUUAUUUAAAUAUGUGGGUCAUGCAGAAUUUUGCAGUCGGGUUGGUUAUUUCUUUAAAUCUUUCGUUCAUUUUUGCUUUGCAGUUGUCAAUAUUUCUGAUAUAUGAUGACGCCAAGUCUUUGUAAUU